UGUCGUGUGGACGCGUCGCGCGCGCCUCGCUCCGCCUCGAAGUUCUGCCAAAUUAAAAAUUUAGUGUUCUCAAUUCGAAAUUUAAAAUCCCGCCGCCAAUUGGCCUUCAAUAUGGACCACCGCUUCUUUUCAUCGCUAUGCGCCUUUCUACUAGUCGCAGCUGUUUGGGGUCAAACUGAAACCGAACAACCAACAACUGCGACCACCAAGCCCCCGCCUACAACCACCACGGUGGCUUCAACAAGCGUGGCUUGGGAGGCGGAGACACUGAACGAGGGCCAGGCCAUACAGAAGGCGCUGCAAUACCUCCUGCAGCACCGCCAGCCUGACUGGGGCUGGGGGAACGACACGCACCAGGUCAUGUUGACCCUGCAGUUGGCGAACAACACAGGGAAGGAGAUAGAACAACAAGGACUUGAGAUGCAAUUAUCUGCUAAGCAGAUGGAGAUCGAAAUACUGCUCAUGAUGUCCAAGCACCACGAGUCACCCCCACCAUUAGGCCGCCUCGCCGCCUACACUCUGGCUCUAGGCACUCUGUGCAAGGACCCUCGCUCGUUCCACGGACGGGACCUGGUCGCCGCUCUACUCCAUCGGGAACCCCCUCAUGACCUGGAGUUUGCGUACGCGACCCUCGCGGCAUGCUCCUCCGCGGCUCACGUGCGACGUCGUCACAUCCGACGCCUGCUAGACAUUGCGAAUGCGGCUGCUGACCAUAGCUUGGAUACCAUCUCCAUGGUGAUCUUGGCCCUGCGCUGCGUGGUACAGGACCAUAGACACCGCAGCCUCAUCCACUUCGUGCGCCGCCCCAUGGCCGGCCUGGCGCGGCAGCAGCACCCUGACGGCAGCUUCGGCAGUCUCACCACAACUGCCCUUGCUAUUCAGGCUCUGGAAGACUCGGACAGCGGUCCCGGCGCGCACCAGCACUGGAGCCUGCCCACCGCCAGGAAGUGGCUGCUCGAGCGGCAGAACCCCGACGGCGGGUGGGGCGACGUGGCCAUGACCGCUGCAGCGGUGGCAGCGCUCACUCCCGCCUCUCUAGCCGCUGUACGACCUCCGCAUUGCAGCGACAAACUGCUUGACAGCCGACAUGAACCUUUAGACAGCAACGGUGGCGACGGUAUUCUCAAACUGGCGUAUCAGUCAGGCCAGACGAGCAACGAGUCUGAUGCCAGGAACGUGUCCUUCACAUACACGCUGUGGCUCGGCACCAACGUCACUGAGAACUUCACACUGCACAUGGUGGCACCGAGGAACGUAUCAUUCUACCGCGUGAUGCAAAUGGCGGCUGAACAGAAUCCGAAGUUCAAGUUCGAGGCGAGCGAGUGGCCCAACGGUCACUAUGUGCACACACUAGCCGGUCACAAGGAAGAGCCGAUGGGCUACCACUACUGGCUGCUGUACCGCCUGCCCGAGAUACCCGACCCGAUGAGCCCGCCCGGCAACCAGCUCGUCGCGCCUGUCGGCGUGGACGAUCUCUUGGUCGAAGACGGAGAACACUACCUAUUUUGGUAUAAGAAAUUGUAAUUUCAUAUUAAAAACUCCUUAGAAUGAACCACUGUUCUUUAUAUCACGAUUCAUUUAGAUAAAAACAUAUAACCACUUUUGGUUAAAAACUUGGAUAUAAGAUUUUAUCGAUUUACCGCCUUUUUCAAUCAACGACCCCAAUCACUUUUUUUGUACAGAUCGUGAAAAUUGACCAAUCGGAGAAGGGUUUUUUGACAUACAUACUUUUUUUGGUUGAUCAAUUCUUGCGAUGGGAUCAAAUAUUAAGAUUGGGAUCGAUUAUUGAUAACGGUAGUUAGCAACAGUUGUCAAGUUCUCUGAAUAUAAAAUAGGAUUCUACGUUUCAUGAAAUAUUCGUAAUUUAAGUUUUUUAUCUAGAAACUUCUUUAGAUUAUUGGAUGUAAGUGUAUGCUGUGAGAAUAACCAAAGAUGUUUUUGGACUUCAUUAAAAAUUAAGUUUUAUUGUAAAUAAUUUUAAAGAGCACUGUGCGGACUGUAAUUUUAAUUAAGUUAUUUAAUAUUAUUUUAAUUAUGUACAACAGAACAUCUUUUAUAAAAAUAUUUUUCCUAAAUGGAAUUAUGUCUAACAAAAAAUAUUAUACAACUUUAUUCGCAUAAAUAUAAACUGUUUACUUCAGUAAGUAUUUUAUAUAAAUCGUUCGCAAAUGUUUCUCGCUGAAACUUAAAUCUCUGUGUUAUUAUAUCUUUAUUUACUUAAAUAUGCCUAUGCAAUAAUCUUUAAAUUCGUAAUGUUGGUAUUUUUGCGCGGUUGUUUUUCACUUCAGUUCGGAUAGGUAAAAAUCUCUACGUAUUAACUACGUCAGUAAUCCCAAAAUCUUGUUGAGAGGUUUUAGAUUUCUCAUCUAAAAAACUAUUACAGCUAUUCGGAGCCAAUUUAACCCAUAGGCAAGGACCAUAUUGAAUCCGUGGCAGAAAUACCGACAUAUUUGUCAUAUCUACGCAUUGUAAUAGUUUAGAUGCAUGUAAGAUAGCUGUUUAGAUUCUUCGUGUUACAGUAAGCAAUUUACGAUUUAAUGAUAUUUAAUCUUUAGGCCGAGUCGACGGAACUAAUUAUUUUGAAACUAUGUAAUCGACUUUUAUACUUAUAUCUAAUUAUAAGAACGUACUUUACAUAUUUUAGUUUAUUAUUACUAUACCAUAAAUCAUUUUUAUUACGCACAAUAUAUCUUACGUAUUUAAUUUUCGACGCCAUCUUAAUUUUGUGUUUUUUAUAAAAUGGCGUCUCUUUUCUAACCUAAAAAAAUGUUUUUACUCCCAUAGACUCGGCAAUUCUGUUCUAGUUAUUGACAAUUAUAAUCUCAAAACCAUAGUGUUAUAUUUAAAUUUAAUCAUUUUAGACGAGACUGAGCGACUCAAGCGAUCUGAGAUGUGCGAUAGUGUAAACAUUUUUAUUGUAACUAUUGAAUGGUUCUUAAUAAAUUAAAAAAU